CAGAUGGGUGUGUUUAUACAAUUUUCUUGUUCUAUAUAGACCACUGCCUAUCUGAGCCGUGUCAAAAUGAGAAGCCAUGCACAAACAACAUCGACAAUACUGGUUUCGUGUGUGACUGUGAAGAGGAUUUCCUGAGUGAAACGUGCGAAAUAAUCAAUCAUUGUGCCGAUGACCCCUGCCAGAACAACCGACCAUGUAGUAACACCAACGAUAACUCUGGUUUCGUAUGUGACUGUGGCAGAGAUUUUGUAGGAGAUGUGUGUGAAUAUGCGAAUUUUUGUCAGAACGACCCUUGUCAAAAUUCAAGAUCCUGCUCAAACAAUAAUGAUAACACUGGCUUCGUUUGUGAUUGUGGAGAUGAAUUCACUGAAGACAAUUGUGAAUUUACCAACUAUUGUAAUGGUGAUCCAUGUGAGAAUAACCAACCUUGUACUAACAACGAUGACAACUCUGGAUUCGUAUGCAACUGUGGGGACGAAUUCUUCGGCGAUAUGUGUGAAUUUACAAAUCAUUGUGCUGAUGACCCUUGCCAGAACAAUCGUCCAUGUAGUAACACUAACGAUAACUCCGGUUUCGUAUGUAACUGUGGCAGAGAUUUUGUCGGAGACGCUUGUGAAAAUGCGAACUUUUGUGUAAACUUCCCCUGUAAGAACGGCGCCACGUGUUCCAACACUGCGAGUAAUGAUGGAUUCGAAUGUACCUGUGACGAAGACUCUGGGUUUACAGGACCUACGUGUGAAGAUCCUAUCACUCCUCCUGCUUGUGAUUCAGAUCCGUGUCAGAAUGGUGCUCAAUGCAGCGAUGAGAAUGAUGGAUUCGUCUGCCAAUGUACCAACGGCUGGAUAGGAACAACAUGUCAAACACAAGACUUUUGUCGCGACAACCCAUGCCAGAAUGGUAGACCAUGUGAGAACAAUGAGGACAACGAUGGAUUUCUUUGUUAUUGUGGAGACGAGUAUCUUGGAGACACUUGUGACGUAAUCAAUUUUUGUGCAGGAGACCCGUGUGAUAAUCAGCGUCCGUGUUCGAACAACGUGGAUGAUUUAGAUUUUGUUUGCGAUUGUGGAGAUGAAUAUUUGGGAGUUGUAUGUGACAUAAGGAAUUUUUGUCAGAACAACCCUUGUCAAAACUCGAGACCCUGUUCAAACAACAAUGAUAAUACUGGCUUCGUUUGUGAUUGUGGAGAUGAAUUCACUACAGACACUUGUGAAUUUACGAACUAUUGUAAUGGUGAUCCAUGUGAGAAUAACCAACCUUGUAUAAACAACGAUGAAAACACUGGGUUCGUAUGUAACUGCGAGGACGAAUUCAUCGGCGAUAUGUGCGAAUUUACAAAUUUCUGCCUGAGUGAUCCUUGUCGUAAUGGGCGCUCUUGUGAGAACAAUCCAGCUAAUACAAACUUCAGAUGUGAUUGUGGUGAGGAGUAUCUAGGAUUCAGGUGUCAAUGGACAAAUUUCUGUUUUGAUGAUCCAUGCGAGAACGGAAAACCGUGUUCCAACAAUGAUGACAACUCCGAUUUCGUUUGUGACUGUGGCGACGAUUUUAUUGGAAAAACGUGUGGAUUUCCAGUUUCUACUACAGAUUUCUGUAUGGACACCCCCUGUCAGAACGGACGGCCUUGUUCAAACAACGAAGAUGACGAUGAUUUUGUAUGUGAUUGUGGCGAUGAGUAUAUUGGAGAUCGCUGUGAAUUCACUAACUUUUGCUUAGAUAACCCGUGUGAAAAUCAGCGAACAUGCUUGAACAACGAUGAUAACACUGGCUCCGAAUGCGACUGUGGCGAUGAAUUUGUCGGUGGAAAUUGCGAGUUCACAAAUUUCUGUAUAAACGACCCAUGUGAGAAUGACCGACCUUGUUCCAAUAAUGGAGAUAAUUCUGGAUUCGUUUGCGACUGUGGUGAUGAGUUUCUGGGAGAUGCAUGCGAAGUCACCAAUCACUGCCGUUCAUCACCCUGUAAGAAUGAGGGACUGUGUUCCAACAGUAAUGAUGAUACUGACUUCGUUUGUAGCUGCCGGGACACUGGAUAUACAGGCCCUAUGUGUGAAGAGAUAGAUCUAUCCACCGAAUCUCCAAUCAACUGCGAAGGGCCUUCCCCGUGCCAGAACGGUGCAAUAUGCGUCUUUGAUGUUUGUGUCUGUCAGACGGGCUACAACGGAAGGUUCUGCGAAAAUGUUGUAACCGAGGCUCCAGUUGAAGGUUGCGGGGGUCCGCUCCCGUGUAAGAAUGGCGCCCGAUGCCUCUCCAAUGUUUGUGUUUGUCAAGCUGGUUUCACCGGAACAUUAUGCGAAAACAACAUAGAUGAUUGUGCUUCUGAGCCAUGCCCUUCACUAACAUCAAACUGUGUGGACCUAGUCGAUGGAUUUGCCUGCUCGUGUAAGAAUGGAUAUACAGGAGAAUUGUGCGAUCAAGCUGAUAAUGGAAUCAACGACACUCAAAGCCAGUCCAACCUGCUGAUCGACCCGUGGUGGAUUGCUCUUAUCUGCCUGAUAGCAGUCAUGGUUCUAACCGUCAUCGGUCUAUCCAUCUGUACAUGUCGAACCGUCAAGGCCGCGAAGACCAAGUCUGACAUCAGCCCGUAGUCUCACAUAGGACAUCACAUGGACUUUAAAACAAAACCAAGGUCACAAACUUAUUCCACGUAGUCCGUCUUUGUCUUUGAAGUAUCGUAAGAAAUGAUUAUAUCAUUUAUUGAAACUCGUAUCCACUUCCAUACUAUAACCACUACUGCUACGAGUAAUAGUAGAAGUAGUACUUUUACCACUACUACUAGUAGUUGUAGAAGUAGUACUACUACUACUCUACCACUACUACUUCUACAACAACUACUACUACUACUUCUUUUACUCUUCUCUGAGGUUAUUUCAUCCAUUAGAUAAGGUUCACGUAAAGCUCCAUAUACAGAGGCGACAGCUUGAUACGAUAUUAUGUAAGUUUAUUUGACAAAACGUAUAAUUCACUUGGACUUAAUAAAUUCUCAAGUAUUUUCUGUAAAGAUUCGAAUGAUUUCUUUAUUAAUGUAUAUUUUUACACUGAAAUUUUCUAAGUUAUAAUGUCACCAAGAGUUCCUGCGUAACUUGAAUGAGUGAAUGUGAAACUACGUUGAUUUCAAUUUGAAGCUCUUCAUUUUGUGAUAGCGAUUUAAUGCUAAUUUUAUAAUAGG